AUGGGUUUAUCGAAGACAAACAGGAUUAUUAUCCUGCUGGUUAUUGAUUCGGUGUUCUUCCUGCUGGAACUGAUUACUGGAUAUGCCGUGCACUCGCUCGCUCUGGUGGCAGAUUCGUUCCACAUGUUGAAUGAUGUGUUGUCGUUGUGCGUCGGACUGUGGGCUGUGAAGGUCGCCAACCGGGAGACAGAGUCGAAGAUGUUCACCUACGGGUGGCAACGUGCGGAGACCCUUGGUGCUCUCGUCAACGGUGUGUUCCUGGUCGCUCUGUGUCUGUCGAUUUUCUUGGAGGCGAUACAGAGAUUGGUGGAACCGCAGGAGGUCAAGAACCCCCAGCUGGUCUGCGUCGUCGGCUGUUUCGGUCUUUUAUCCAAUAUAGUUGGGCUGGUGUUGUUCCACGACCACUCGCACGGUCAUGCUCACGCUCAUGGCCAUGAUCACGGCCCCCAUGGCGUGGAUGCCGAGGAACAAGGCGUCUCCGACCAUCAGAGCAACCCGCUCGUGGCCGACGAGACGGGCACAGCUGCGAGUGUCAUGCCCGAGAAUCUUGUCGGCCAGUCAGCUCCAGUCGGCCAUUCUGAUCCUGGCUCUCCCUUCUCUCGCAAGCGCCGCUCGACGCGUAGCUCUCGGCGCCUGAGUGCGUCGGCCGGCCGCGGAUUCGGUAAGGUCGAAGAUAUCCACGUCCAUCCGGCCACUCUGAGGAACGACAUCAUUGCUGCGAGCCGAUUCCAGUCCACAGAUUCCCCCUCCGAGUCCGAGUCCGAGCUUCAGGAAGAUGGUCCCCCCUCGGAACAGUCCCGGCUGCUGGGCCACGCGGCCCGUGGCUCCAGCUAUACCGAAGAGAACGGCGGUCCCCCCCCGAAGCAGGACGACGACGUGCACAAACUGCACAACCACGCCCAACCAAAGCCCGCCGAGAAGAAGGGUCACAACCACGACCUCAACAUGCGCGGCGUCUUCCUUCACGUCAUGGGCGACGCCCUCGGCAACGUCGGUGUCAUCGCCUCCGCCCUGAUCAUCUGGCUCACCGAUUACUCCUGGAGAUUCUACGUCGAUCCGGGAAUUUCCCUGGUCAUCACCAUCAUCAUCCUCUGCUCCGCGAUCCCCUUGUGUAAGGCGGCGUCACGGAUCCUGCUGCAGGCCGUGCCCCCCGGCCUGAGCAUCGACCACAUCAAGGAGGACAUCGAACAGCUCCCCGGCGUGAUCGGCUCCCACCAUCUGCACGUGUGGCAGUUGAGCGACACCAAGAUUGUCGCUUCGAUCCACAUCCAGGUCGACACCCAGAUCAAGGGCGAGGGCUCCGAGCGAUACAUGGAUCUGGCCAGACAGGUCCGCAGCUGUCUGCACGCCUACGGGAUCCACUCGUCCACCAUCCAGCCCGAGUUCGCUCCAGACAGCGACACAGAGGACAACACCCAGGUUCAAGCCUCCUCGUCCUCCCAGAACGGCGAGUCCUCGUCCACCAAGAUGCCCAGCCGGGCCGCGAGUGUCCAAGGUGACCGCCGGGCGUGCCUCUUGGAAUGCGGCGACGGCUGUGCGCGAGGUGGACAAUGCUGCCCGACAACCUCGAACAACCACCCCUGA